AUGUCUACUGCUCAGCCGCCCGCCACGCCGCCGGUCACUCUCGAGCAAGCCGCCAAUGGACUCCUCACAGGACUGGCGCAGCCACAAUCUACAGGAUCGACAUCUGCCGCAGCUCACUUGGAUCAGAUCCUGAAGCACUCAGAUAUCGAGCUUGACUGUCCAACCAAUCUGCUACCGCCAACCCUGCAGACAGCAUAUGCAGACCUGUCUGCUAGUUCCUCUUCCUCAGAGACAGCACAUGCCAGUACUACCAGCGGCACGGCCAACAGUUCCAGGCCUAGCUCUCGUACUUAUGGCCAUACUUUCACCUUUGGCAGCUCAUUUAAUAAACCCACUUUUGGCAGCUUCUUCGGGCAACCCUCGACUCUGGCCUAUGCCCCUGCCGACAGCCCCGGUCCAAGAGCUUGGGAGAGGUCGAAUCCUCAGAACUAUUCGCUGACCGCGCUUGCGCCCACUCACUCGCCCGCGCCGUCCAAUGCAUCACCACAAACAACGCAUCAUACCACAAAGUUUGGCCCUCAUAUCAACGGCUCUGGCUUCUCCUUCGCUUCGUGGUCAGCACAGACGAGUCCUGCUGCUUCCACGCCGGGAAGUGAGGCAUCGAGCGUAUCUUCGACUGUCGCGACGAGCUAUGGCAACGCCAGCAUGAGCAAUGGCUCUUCCGCUCCGCGCAGGCGCAUGGUGUGGCCACCCCAUGACCCCAAUCUCGACCUGCACGGUACGCUCAUUGCGCACUCGGGUCUCACUGAUCGGAUGAAUGCCACGACGACCACGACGACCUGUCAACCCUUCUUCGAUGAAGCAAGCCGCCACGGCAACAUAUUCACCCCUCUAGAAGACCUGCCUGUCAGACGACCUAGUCUGACUGAUCACGGUCGCAUUGCGAGUGCGCCGGUCAGCAUUCCCACCGUUUCCGCGUCACCUGUGACGUAUUUGCACGAGAGCGCGAAGAGCACAGAGAAAUUAGAUCAUGAGCGAUCAGCUAGUCAUCCCUCGCUCCCCAGUCAACAGGAGCAGGAGCAACUCGUAUCGCUCGUAUCAGGCGCAUUGACCAAUGGCACACCAGGCCAGCAAAACCAUGAGCGAGCACACAGCUCGCAGUCUGCACACUUGUCAAGCGGUAUACAAGGUCGCACCAGAAGCUAUUCGCGAUCGAGUCAAAAGAGGCCGCCCGAUGCGACAUCGCUCCCUCAAGCCGGCCAUGCCAGCCGUCCUGGCAGCCGGCCGGUCACCCCGCCCUCGCGUGCCUAUAAUAACUUCUACCAUGCUCAAGGAAGCCGCACAAACGGGAUGCAUCAGUCUCAAGAUGACUCUGAUCACCUCGAUACCUCGAGCUACUUCGAUGCCGCGCAUUCUGAUAGAGAAUUUGCAAGCGCGCGCUCGUCGCCUCAGUUGCUUCGGCACCUCGCACGUUAUUCAGCUCUCCAAUCGCCAGCUAUCACAACGCAGCUUUCGUCCGGCUCGGAUAGGUCACGCUCCAAUCGAAUUGGCCACGGUGACGCCGGCAGUGCGGAUGACGGCGAUCCUGCCAUUCAGCUCAUGCGCGAUCUGGAAUCGGCCGUCGAGCAUCUGCAUCAACAGCUCUCGCGCUUCUCCGAUGUCAUUCGUUAUCGAGGCAAGAUGGAUCCAUCAGAUUUCGACGAUACUUGGUCGGUCUUCCACUCGACCGCCAACCUACUGCGAGAUCGACUUGAGCAGACUAUAGUCUCUAGCGAACAACGCGUCGAUCUUAGCAGACCGCUCAAAGACGUGCCCGGUGGUCCAAUGCGCAAUCUUCGGCGAGUACAGUCUAUGCUCCCAAUUCCGUCCACCUCGCCGCUUGCCGCGGCGAAUCAUGCUCCUGUCUCGCCGGUAGUAGCACCGGCUGCAUCUCGUAGCCUGCAGCUGGCAGUCUCAGAGGCGGCAUCAGAGGCACGACCUGUGCCAGCUCGAACGGAGAGCACUUUGUCCCGUAUAGAUGAAACGGCUCGAGCAAGUCCGGACGGGAUGAAUGCGCAGGCGCAGCGAUCACCGAUUGCAGCGGAUUUGAUAGUCACGCAGCAAGCAAUAGACCACGCCCAAGCGCAAAUGCUCCUGCAGAUCGGUUCAAGACCAGACGAAUCGCACACGCUGGCCAUCAACCCCCAGCUUUACGCUCAUGCGCCUCUAUUGCCACUGGAGCAGCGCGCUUUGGCAAUGGCUAGUGCUCAAGCAGUUCAGUCCGUGACUACGAGCCCGGCGAUUUCGGAAGAUGUCGCUCGCGCUCGGAGUGAAAGUCAACAAGCAAGCAACGGACCAACUAUGGCUCAGCUACAGGCCGAACAUCAGCUUUCGAACCAGGUGCUGGCCGUCCAACACCGUGCGCUUCGCACGGGGUUACCGCGCAUCAACACGACCCCAGAGUCUAUGCAGGUGCCGAUCUCUCGAGACGGACGCGGGCUAUCUCAAGAUCCGAGCGAUCACGAUUCUGAGCACCUCUUACCGCCUGGCACGCUCACCGCCGGCAAUUCUAGACGGCCAAGCAGUGCCAGUACAGCUCGUCAAACCCCUCCGCCGGCUGUCGUUCGAAUGGAAAGCGUGCGCGUCGAAAGAGAGCGUGGAGAAACCAUCGAAUGGGACCUGUCGACCGCACUUGCAAAGGAGCACCCGAAUCCGAUAAGCGACGAGCUGAAGCGCAAGUUGGACGCAAUUUUUGAGCACUGGUUGCAGGGCAUUUGUGAUGAUUUGGACGCGAAGGACGAGAAGGGCGACAAUAUUCAUCAGCCGCUGAUGCUGAAGAAGCUUCAAAAGAUCGACGAAUCUGGUGACUAUCGCCCUUUCAAGUUCCGCAUUCAGGCUUUCACCUCGUCAUUUUCGCGAGCCGUGUAUGACGCUGGCUUAUCGGAGGCAGACUGCCCGAUGAAGACGAUCAAAGUCUAUUUGUGGGCGCAGCCAUUCAUCGCACGCUUCAACGAGGAAGGCAAGAAGUGCAAGUCAAGAGGCAAUCACAUCUGGACAGUCGAUGCGAAGAAGAUGCCCCAAGGUGGAUGGCAAUUCCGUGCACACGAGCGACAUAUCGUAAUACCGAGCCAGAAGACUUUGCGAAGUGGCGACGAAUGGUCGUGGGAGCCCCGCAUCUGGGAUCAACAGAAUGCACCGCUCGGGGCAGACUGGUCGGCAAGCAUAUUACCCAGCUGGGUACGCAUCGUAGCUCGCGAAGACAGCUCGGCAGUGGUCGACUUCAAAGGCGUUGUGCCAUCCGAAUCGGGCAGGCAAGAGUUCCUACUUCGUGCCUCAUUCGAAGAAGCCGGACAAACGUAUUCGUUUGAGCGUGCUUUCGCCCUCGACGUGGCUGUAGAAGAAGAUACAUCCAAGUCUGGCUCAAACUCUGCAUCCGACACGCCGGACAGCAAGUACGAUCCUUCGAUGCCGUUCGAGAACGGCGUCGGAAGGCUCUCUCGUGCGCCCUCGCUGGCCAUGGAUCUGGGCGAGAAGACACCUUUGCCAACAUCGGUCUCGCUGCCAGACCCCACCUUGCCCACGUUUGCGCCCGCGCCGGAUCUCCUUUCUAUGGACAUGGCAGCCGUUCGAGACCAGAUGAUCGAAGAGAGCAUGCAGGCGCAGAUGAACGCGCAAGCUGCUUCACUUGCGCUGUAUGAAGACGGCGGUCCUUUAUACCUCGCUAGCGAGCCGAGCACAAUGACCGCGCUCGACACGCUCAGCAGUCAGCUUUUCGCUGGUAACACGCCCGGCGACCAGUUUGCGACCUUGAUGGCCUCGCAAUUCGAUCUGCCUCCCGACAUGCAGCAGGAGCCAAAUGCAGCGCCUGCAACCUCGCAGCUGCAAUAG